AUAAAAAAGUCAUCCGGUUACCGCCACCUGCCGGAACGCCUCGCCCCCCAACGGACCAUUAUAAUCAGCGAGGCGCAGAGAGCUGCAGACAGACAGACAGACAGACAGACGGGCGCAGCGAGGCUGCGGCACGAGACGACGACGACGCUGCGGGCCACACGUUUUCUGCUGCGGGGCGAUGGUGACAGAAGAGGCGCGAUGUUGAGAGUCGUAGCGCGCGUUCUGCUCAUCUGGCCCCUGCUGUGCUCAUCUUCCUCCCUAUCUCCCCCAACUUCUCUUGCCACCACUCCCCUUAUGCUCAAUUCCAGCACGGCCAGCUCCCAGAUCCCUUCUACCCUAAAUACCACUGACAGCAAAAUGACAACAACGAAGCCUGUAGCCCUCAAUACCACGGCUGGACCCUCAACUGUGACAGCAAGCACCCAAGCCAAAUCCUCUCUCGCCAAGACCACCAUCCCAGGUUCAACUCGGGCCACGACUACCACUGCAUCACCCCUAAAUACUACCGUGUCUGGUAAAACCACUUCUGUAGCGGGAACCAUGACGUCACCGACAGCUAACAGCUCCCAUACCUUGUCUACAUCAACCCCGUCUUCAACAGCCCAGUCACCGGCCACUUCUUCAGUGGUUCCGAGGACCACCGCUUCGGGGUCUGACCGGACCCAGACCUCUCAGACCACCAUCAGGUCAGCCAGCACCAGCGUUACCACUACCACGACGGCCACUGCCACCAUCACUACCAUCUCCGCCAUCACCGCACCCAUACCCGAAACUACCCAAUCAACAGAAGAGCCACUCAAGUCCAAACGUCUUGGUCCAGGAGGUAUUGCAACCAUUUUGUGUGUGUUAAUCAUCAUUAUGGUCCUGUUGCUUGGAGGCACCUACUACUUUAAGUUCAGGCAUGCCUCCUACGGCCGCAUAAUGGAUGACAGCGAAUACAACUCGUACGGAAACUUCCCCAACCCCAUGUACAGCCCCUGAGCUCUCAGCCCUGCACAGCUGGUGUUGUGCAAAUGUGCGGUGCUGUGCAGGACGAUUUAUUUAUUUAUUUGUUUGUUGGUGCGGCUGACUGACAGGUUGUCUGCAGUGAUCCUGCAGAAAGAUGUGAUCGUGACGACAUGUUCAAAUCCCCAGUCAGAAACGUGUAUUCGUCGUUUAACCAGACGAGAUCUCGUUUCCCGCAGCCCACGGCGAACACAAAACCACAUCUCCAAACUAAAAAUCCCACAAAAAACCCCCCACAAAAUAUAAAUAAAUAAAUAAAUAAACCCACCGGAUGCCAGGAUGACUGUUGGAACAGCCGGUCGGCAUGGGCUGGCGGUUAGUGUAGGCCCGCCCCGCUUCCACGUCCUGCCACACCGCCCGAGAGGCUCGAGGCAGGGACGUGGUCCCUGGGCCCACCGGAUGCAGCAGACCGGGCUCUGCCAGCCAGACGCCCUCGACACACCUCCCCCGCACACCACACACACAGCCAAGGUUAGACGAGGCCGGCCGGCAGACCACCCUGCAUGCAUAAAUAAAUGUUAUAUUCAGAUAACGUGUUGUUAUGUAAUAGUCAUUGUGUCAAGUCAAGUCAAACGCAACCCGCGUUGCCCAAAGGGCUGUGCAGACCAGGGCAGGCAGCUAAAACACAAACACAACCUACACCGACAUAGACGACAAGGCACGGCGGCUCGCUCAGUACACAGCAACGAUGAUGAUAACGAGGGUCAAAUUUUGUCAAGUACAGUUUUGCUGAUCACUGUGUUUUGCGUCCUUUCAGACUUGAAAACACUCCAAAACGUGUUGUAUUUUCUAUGGCACCUCCGUGGUGUACGAUCCUUUUGUCCAUUUGUCUAUGUGGCUUCAGUACGUAGCAUGUUCUACCAAAAUAAGAAUAAUAUACAGACGAAGGCUGCUUUAAAACCAACCAAAGACCCACAAACUCGGCAGUGAUUAUGAAUACUUGGGUCAAACUCCGUCUUCUAACAGUGAAGUGCUCGGCUCCUGCUUGCAUUUCGCUCAUUAUUUAACCUUCGUGUCCAACGUCAUUUCAGUUGCUGACCUUUCACCCCACGAAUGAGAGUUGCACAAAACCAGCUGUCAAGUUAGAAACACCCCCCCACCCCCCCCCCAGAGCAAACUGUACAGACAGCACAGGGGGUUUCCUUGGGCUUCCUUCCUUUAGGGAAACCUCAGUAUUCCCCUGUGGUGACUCUGAUACGUGGCCGUGUAGCGAAUAAACAGGGCCUGGUUUUUGAAGACCUAGUUUCACUAAAAAGAUGAAACAUUCUUUUCAUUUAUUUCUCCGAUUUAAAUACAAAAAAAACGUUAAUGAGCUGUGAACAUACUCGAAGAAUUUUUAGGUCCCAGUUGACUGGAAAAGGACUCAACGUCACACAUUUAAUGAGUGACGGAAGGCCUUUGCACGUCCGAAUUUGCAAGUCCGAAUCCCCCCCCCCUCCUCCUCUUUUUCUCCCUAAUUGUACUUGGCCAAUUACCGUCCCGGUCGCUGCCCCGCCCCCUCUGCCGACCCGGGGAGGGCUGCAGACUACCACAUGCCUCCUCCCAUACACGUGGAGUCACCAGCCGCUUCUUUUCACCUGACAGUGAGGAGUUUCACCAGGGGGAUGUAGCACGUGGGAGGAUCACGCCCUUCCUCCCCCUCCUCCCCCGGAACAGGCGCCCUGACCGACCAGAGGAGGCGCUAGUGCAGCGACCAGGACACCCGACCAAGCCGGAGGGAACACGGGGAUUCGAACCGGCGAUACCCGUGUUGGUAGGCAACGGAAUAGACCGCUACGCCACCCGGACACCUGCAAAUAGUUUGUUAUUUUUUAACAGAAAAUUUCGCAUGUUACAAAACAAAUACAAAUUAAAGUUUUAUCCAGUAACUUUACACACCAACACCAAAAAAUGUGCCUGCCCUGAAUGUUUUUUGGGAUGGUUUCGGUUUGUUACAUUUUUUUUUUUUUUGCAUCUGUCUAUAAGCUCUCCGAGAUAUUUUUGUAGUUGUUGUAGGACUACGUAGUUGUUGGACUACGAUGGCAGAUUAAAAAAAAAAAACAUGCAAAAAAAGUCAGACUUGAUGUGCAAAGGCCUUGACUGUCACAGAGUACAGUCGCAGACAAACACUCUGGUUAUGACUGCAUCCAUACAGACACACAGACUUGGCAACGAAGUCAAACUUGUGCAGAUUUCAGUGGUAAACAGGAAACGUGUCUGAGUUUAACGGGACAGCCCAGACCAGUCAAAGGCUCGAUCGUGAGACGAGCAAUUUGAAGCUGGGUCCUCCUACUUUACAAGAUAAUGGGUGCUGACUGUCCGUGGUGACACGACCUGUUUUGCAUAGACUCGUACAGAUUGAACGUCAGUCUGGGUCAUAAUCAGCCUGUAAUAUCGUCUGGUGUGCUCCUGACUGUAGGCCGAUGAAGCCAUGGGAUGGGUUGGUCCAGUGAUUAAAGGGAUCAUUACUUCUCUUAAAAGGCCAGAAGAUCAAUGCCGUCAAAAACUGUGUUGUAGUGUCCUUUAGCCAAGACUACACACGUACUAGCCCAUUCACUAGAAUAGAAAGUUAUAGUAACAGAGGAUCUGGCCAAACAGGAGCAUAUCUUAGACAAAAUAUAGCAGUAUUAUGUCAUUUUUAAAUUUCCAACACGUGAUGUGUAAUAUUGUGGGAGUAUGGUGUUUUUGUGAAAUGAUCAGAUCUGCAUGACUUGCUCAGUAUAAUAUAUAAUUAAUAUACAAUCAAAUAAAGUUUUUGGUCCACUGGCCAAUCUAUAAGGACAAGCCAAGAUCACUCCCUAUGGUAAAUGCAGAGUUAAUUCUGAUAACGUCCUUCAUGAAUGCACAUAUUCAGUAAAUGGCCUUUGGUUUUUAAAAAAUCCUAUUCUUGUUUAAACUACACGGUUUAUUGGGAAAUAAUCAGGAGUUCGGAACGUCAGAGAAUUCUUAAAAAUGACAACAAAUGAUGUUAACGAUUCAAAAUAUUGCCUUGAUUGAUGUAUGAUGAAGAUAUGGCACCACCAUGGUUUGUUCUCUGCGGUUUAAAACAGGAAGUGUAACCUUGAGCAAAGAAAGAAGACGAAGACUAAACAGGGUAUAAGCAGGGGAUGGAGGGGGGGGGAGGUGGAGAUAGAUAGAGAGAAACUAGACAGAAAGAAUGAAAGAGAAAGAGGAAUUUUACGUGUUAGAGGCUAAAACAUGUUCCAUAAACCAAGAUGAUAAAGGGCUGCUCUCACUUAUUUGUGUUUUUCCAAGGACAAUUUAGUAUUUUUCUUCAAUAGGUGCAACAGUAUUUACAGUUGGGGAUUCAUUUAAUAGUAGAACAGCCACACAGAAAUAAUACAACUCAUAAAUAAGAGUAAGCAUGUUCUUACCCAGGGACAUCUAACAUUAUGAACCAUCCUUCAAAAAUAUCUCCAUUUUAGCAGACAUUGUCCUUUUCAAUUGAUAGAUAUUUUAUUUUUGAAUGAGAUCUGUCAAAUCUUGUUUGCAAAUCUUUGUAAAUUAAGCCUUAGUGUGUUUUUGUUUUGUUUUUGUUUUUUGGUUUGUUUGUUUGUUUGUUUUUUCAAGUCAGGGUUCACAUUUAAAGAGGACUAUUACAAACGUAUGUCCCAGUAAGCUUUGCUUGCCGAUGAUGAAAUCAACAUAGACUAUCCAAGGGAAGUGCAAUACAAACAAAUAUGGUAAGAAGGGACAGCCCUAACACACUCCAUCAAAUCAACUUCAUUUAAUAACAGUGAUUUUAUCGUUCACUGUCAUUGGUACCUAUUUAAUUAAUGUUCCUUUUCCUUUGAGGUUAGUCUACAGCUCAGUGAGAUCGACUGAGACUAAAGUAAACUUCCGAUUUGUGAUUUUAGUUCAGUAGUAUUUGACACAGUUUUGUCUGUAGGACUAGUUUUGGAUGGGACAAUCCAAGUGCAAAUAUACGGGCCAAAAAUCAUGUUAGGAUAGCGUUGUGAUGUGAUGAAAUAGAUUUUCAUGUCUGAUAUGAUUGUAAUAAAGUUUUAUUUGUGCAAUAAAAGUGACGA